AUGGCCAGGUGUUUGGAGAACUCUCGCUCCGACGCGUCUCCCAGGGCGGAUCGAUUCUGGGUGGGCUCUCCAAAGACUCUGUCGCCCGUGGUUGAGAUCCUGGAGCAAGAGGAUUUAGCGGCGGACCACAGCGUUGCGACUCGAGCGCACGUGCACACAACAGGCGCCUUGAAAGGGGCUCCCGUGGUGAAGGGAGGUGUCCGUUUGGCUCGUGGAGGCUCGCUGCAGUCUCCUCCGCCUUUGGAACGAGCCAAGGAGGCCCCAUUGGAAGAAGACGGAUUCGGGAGACGUGUCGUUCGGCCGUUCAAGUUCCAAGGAAUAUGCGAUGUUGUUGAUGGUGACGGUGAUGAUGAUGAUGAUGAUGGCAGAAGUGGUGAUGAAGAAGACGGCGUCAAUGUUCGUGGCAAUGAUGUUGACGGUGGUGAUGGUGACGACAUUGAUUUUGCCGACAAAAACAGAAAUGUUGCAGAGUUUGAAAGAAAUCGCAAUGGUGAAGGUGGUGACGAUGGUGGUGGUGGAAAUCAUGGUGGUGUUGGUGAUGACGAGCUCCGCGACAAUAGCGUUCAUUCCGGCGAGUGCGGCAACGGCAACAAUGACCCUGACGUUUUUUUCAACGACGACUUCAGCGUCUCUUCCGUCGAAACGCGCAACUCGCCACCCGCCGACGCGCCACCUCGAGCCUUCUCCAAAGCACCCGCGGCCGAGUUCACCUCCGGGCACGGCUCCACCAUCGCUUCGCGCAGCAGCGCAACGCGACCAUCGGGGAUGGAGGAGGAGACGAAGGCGACGGCGGAUCUCGGGCACGUGACGUGGGAAUCCCGUGGGGAUUUCAAAGGCCGUGCCCGCGGGCCCGUGACCCAAGAGCUCUCGCCGCCGAGUCGGUCGGGCCGGCAGGCAGCGAGGAACCGGGAGGGAGCAGAAGUUUAUUGGAGCUCUUCUCCGCGGAGAAGCCGAGGCGCCGCGAGGAGACGGCGCAAGAAAUCGGUGGGAGCGGGAGCGCCCGUGGAUGAUCGGUGGACCCAGUGGGUGUGCAUGCAGAUCGAGGCCGCCGUGGAACACGAGUUGGUGGAGGAAGGUGGUCACGUCCCAGACCCAAUCUUCAUGCUCUAGGCCAGUGUUUUUCUCUAAUUUCCAGAGGGGGGGGGGGGCUAUUUUCACUGAUAACACAUCAUCAGUGUGAUGGUCCCCACGUAUUUGAAACCAUUGGGAUUUGACAGCACGAUGAAAUGUUUUCAAAUUUGUGUACUGUCGGAGGCUGCACGUUCGGGCCACAUCUAAAGGCCAUAAUGGGCCACCAGUAGCCCACGGGAAUUGCAAUGAAAACACCGCUCUAGGAAAUCAUCGGCACCCUCACCGGUUGCAUUCAAUAAUCGAUUAGUACGAGGGCCUCUGCAUACUGGUAUGAUUAUCUGACCAUACUUCACCAUUCUGAUGAGUGUGGUUUGAAGGCAGGGACCAAACGGGGGAAUCAGUGCAGAACAGUGGAUCUUGCUGCAUGUAGCCCCAAAGUCUUUAACAAGCUGGCAUGACCACCUAUUUAUCACCAUCCUGCUCAAGUCUGCUUGGCUUCCGAGAUCGGGUACAUUCUGGGUGAUUGUCACAGGUGGCAUUGAUAUACAUGGUAGAAAUUUAAUUACAUUACUGCAAGGUAGACCUUAUAAAUGCCACGAGCAGACGGCCAUAGUAGGUAUACAAUAAUACGUGAGUUUUUUUAUGUAAGUUUAUUCUGUAAAUGUAAUGACGAUCUGUACAAAAUCGGAAAGCGUCUUGUCAUGUACGUUCAUGUGCUCAAUUAAAAGCACACCUGGGUACAAUAUAUGUACAGUACAACGUAGGACUGCAGAUUUGGGGCCUGCAAUCGAAUGAAGUUUCAAACUAGUAUUUUUUUUUAUUUUCGUGAACGGCAUCUGCAGCAUCUGGUUUAAGUACGGCAGCGCUGACGACAAUUUCACACACGAGUGGCCACUCUUAUCCUUGGUUAGUUUAUAACAUGAACACACAAGCCCGAAUGACUGCCACCAGAAAUGUGACCUUGUAAAGUGAGCGGUAUAUUACAACACAACAUCGCGAUAGCAUGUGCAAAAAAAUAUAUAUACUGUUUAUACGUAUAUCACAGCGAAUUGCUUUUUCUCAGGCCAAGCAAAUGUG